AUGCAUUCUCCAGCCGAUCGAUAUAGCGACCUUUCUGCCAUUGAAACUGCCACUCCCACCCACGAGGACACCGAGUAUGCUGCCAUCCGCCCUUCACGGCCCACCCGCGUGCGCAGUAAUGUUGAGCUAUCUCGUAUCGAGACUCUGCGAGUGACGCAGCAGGGGACUGUUGGGUCAAGACGGCCUCCUGAACCUCCUGAGAAAUGGCUCCCAUUCGGUGGGGGCAAGUCUCAUCCUCCGCUGCUGCCGGACCCUGAUAUGUAUGUCGUCGAGUUCGACGGCGAGCACGAUCCAAUGCAUCCGCACAACUGGCCGACGCGGACAAAGAUAAUGUUGUCCGUGAUCCUCGCCUACGUUACCUUUGUCUCCUCCUUCGCCAGCGCAAUCUACUCCGCUACCGUCGGCACAACCAGCGAGGAAUUCGGGGUGAGCACUGAAGUUACAACCCUGGGAGUGACUCUAUAUGUUUUGGGAUUCGCAGCCGGGCCGACCUUCUGGGCCCCUGCAUCCGAGCUCUCCGGGCGCCGCUGGCCCAUUACAGCCGGCGUCUUCGGAUAUAGCAUUUUCACCAUCGGCACCGCCACAGCCAAAGACCUUCAGACUAUCAUGAUAACGCGCUUCUUUGCUGGUCUGUUUGCAGCAGCCCCGCUGGCGAUCGUCCCCGCGGCGUUUGCAGAUAUCUACAAUAACCGAACACGCGGCGUUGCGAUCGCGAUGUUUGCCAUGGCGGUGUUUGUUGGGCCGUUUGCGUCUCCGUUUGUCGGUGGGUUCAUAACAAUGAGCUACCUGGGCUGGCGCUGGACGAUGUAUAUUUCUGCUAUUAUGGGCUUCUUAGGUUCAGCGCUUCUUCUAUUGUUUUUCAAGGAGACCUACGCGCCAAUUGUUCUGCUUGAAAAGGCAGCGAUCCUGCGUCGGCAGACUCACAACUGGGGAAUCCAUGCGAAGCAAGCAGAAGUUGAGAUUGAUUUCAACGAGAUCAUUACCGUCAACUUCAGUAGGCCGUUUCGGAUGUUGUUUACAGAGCCGAUUGUGUUCUUGGUGACCUUAUACAUGAGCUUUAUCUACGGACUGAUGUAUGCGCUGUUAUCAGCGUACCCGAUUGUCUUCCAGCAAAUCCAUGGGAUGAACCUAGGUGUUGGUAGUUUACCCUUCAUCGGCCUUAUUAUCGGCGAGAUCCUGGCUGGAGUCUAUACGUUGCUCACGCAGCCAUCGUAUACGAAGAAGCUGGCUGCGAAUAACAACGUGCCUAUUCCGGAGUGGCGGCUGCCCCAUGCUAUCGUGGGCGGUGUUGCAUUUACAAUUGGGCUGUUUUGGUUUGGCUGGACAGGCUUCACGGGGAGUAUACACUGGAUGGCACCGACAGCAUCGGGUAUCUUCACCGGCUUCGGUAUCUACUGUAUCUUCUUGCAGUGCUUCAACUACCUCAUCGACUCCUACCUGCAAUUUGCGGCGUCCGUCUUUGCAGCUAAUACGAUCCUCCGAUCUGCAGUUGGCGCAGGCUUCCCCCUCUUCUCACGCCAGAUGCUCCAAAAUCUCGGCGUACAAUGGGCUGGAACGCUAUUAGGCUGUUUGGCUGCAAUCAUGAUCCCCAUUCCGCUGGGCUUCAUGAAGUUUGGGCCUGCGCUGCGUCGGAAAAGUAAAUUUGCACCGGAUCCAUCGGUGUAUACUGAGAAGGGGGAUUAA